ACCACUGCGCCACGACGGGAACUCUGGCAUUAUCUCUUUAAUUCUCACAGCAGUCACAUGAGGUAAGGCACUGUUUGACCCCACUUAGCGUGAAAAGCCGAGCAGAGAAAGGAAAAGAGGAGCCUGCCCAUAGCUGCACAGCUAGGAAGGUGGAACUGGAAUUCUUCCCUGAGAGACUGGAUACUGGGAGCUGUGCUGCCUGGUUCAAGUCCCAGCUCUCCCACUUACUGGGCCUGAACCUUGGGCAAGCGGCUUAGUCUCUGAGGGUCUUGAGUUUCUUAAACCAAAAAUCAGGGAGGCUAGAGCCUUUACCUCAUGGUGCUGUUGUGAAAGUUACGAGUUAGUGAAUGGGAAGUGUUUGGAGCAGUUCCAGGCGCACAGAGGAAGUGCUCAGUGAGCAUGAGCUGUGAUAGGUGUUUUUUUUAUUGUCUCCUGGGGCAGAAUUGCUCAGCUGGGCCCUGGUGAUAGACACCCUUUCCUUAGCUUGUGUGGGUAGAAACGGAUCUGAGCUUUCCACGUGGGCCUGGCCUCUGGCCCCUUGUGCGUUCCUCCUAGUGACAGGCUGCCUGUCCCUCUGCUGGGGUCCCUGUCUCCAAGGGGCAGCUGUGGUGCCAGGGGAAGAGCUGGGUUGGGGGGCCAGGGACUCUGGGUUCUGGUCCUCCCCCUGCACUGUUCACUAGGUGACCUUGGAAAGACCCUUGCCCUCUCCAGGGGCCAGGCUGUGUGCCUGGCUCUGCUGAGCAGAGGCAGACAUGCCAGACACCGUGAGGAAGGCUCUGGGACCUGGCACCGAGGCUUCCGGGUCCCAGCGCUACAGCUCGCGUUCGGCUGCCCUCGGGAGAGGGAGAGUCCCAGACCUCAGGCCCAGUGCCCAGACCCAGUUAGCAGACCUGAGCCCAGUCCGUCCUAAUCCAGGUGGAAGCUGAGGACCCCUAUCUGAGCUGUCUCGGGGCUCGGGCACAGGGGCGAAGUCUCUCCUUCCAGGCGUCCACCUCUCUGAGCUCCCAGGGCCCCUCCUCCCUCCUGGCCAACUGCCCCUCGCCAGAUCCAGCUCCAUCAACAGCAGUGCCCUGGUCCCCUGCCAACUGCUCCAGCUGCUGAGGUCUAGAGGGGAGCAGCGAGAAGCAAGGUCCCCCCAUGGCUGGCACUCUCGUUGCCAUGGUAGCAGUUGCCUUGGAAGCUGCUUCUUGACUUCGGCUUCCAAACAGUCCGGGAAAGCUGCCCGUCCCUCAGGGGAUCCGUGAAUUAAUCACACUCUUUUCCAGGGUCCUCAACCCUCAAGGAAAAUAAACAGAACUGAACCAAGCUGAGGCCUUUUCGCCCACCCUUCCUCCCACCUUCAUGCCAGCCUUGGACUUGGUGCUUUAGAGAGGCAGGCACCCUCUAGCCCUGGCCUCCCUGCGAGACAGGGAGUUUGUGACAUUUUAGCGGUGACCGGUGGCCUAGCCACACUCUGGGUCAAGGGGCGUGGAGGACCCAGGCUUCAUCAAGGAGGGCUCUGAGCUUGGGGGCUGGGGAAGAGCGGGGUGCUCAUGCUCUGGAGCCCUGGCUCGCAUCUCGUGCAUGCACUUUCUUUUUCAGGGCCGAAAUGGGAAAGAGGAAAGAAUUGGCAAGUCUCCCGCUCUACCUUUGUAAUAACAGAGGAGCAGGCAUCACAAGUUUCCAGUAGCUUCAGUGACCUGGUCCUGAGGAAAGAUGCCAGCCUUGGCUGAUUCUUCUGAAUGCGGUGUCUGCCUCCGAUGGCGGGGUUGCCAAUUCCUCCCACCUCAAAUAAGACAGUCAGAGAUGUGCGAGCGGAUGUCCCAGCCGAGCAGGGUGUCCGGACGCCGGUUUCCAUCAAAGACUCCGGGGCCGUCCUUCUACCUCCCCGAGUCUCCGUUUCCCCAUAUGUGCUGGGAGGGAGCUGGGAGGUCCUGUGUUCCGUCAUCUUGUAGGUGAUGGUGGCUUAAUGCGACUCCACAGUCUCUGCUCCGCUUCUGCGCCCUGAGGGAUUUACAAUGUCAAGGAAAAGCCGUUAUCUUAGAAUUCGUCUCCAGUGUUUAGGGUCAGGAUGUUCUGAAAUCUGAGACUCCCUGCCGCCCGCCCCUGCCGCCCUCAUCACCAGUCACCAGAGGUGUGAGGCCAGGCCCCAGUGCCAGGGUCCCACUACAGAGACUUGGCCCCAGAGCCUCUGUCCUGCUCUUGGUGUGGGAGCGCCGCCCUCAGCCUCGCGGCAGGAGCGGAGCUGGCACAGGCCCUGCCCGCCAGUUAGGCGACCCCUUAGUGGGCAGAGGCGUCGCGGAGGGCGUGCAGAUUCCCAAAGCCUGACGCCUCAGGAACAUGGUCUCAUGGACAAUUAUUUUGAUGGCUCCUUCUAAACCUAGUCACCGGGUGUCUGUCAACCAUGUGACAGGGACAUGGGCUGUCAUUUGAUGCCUAAUUAGAGGAAUAAUCAGACCGCGUUCUAGCGAGAGAGGCACCGGGCUGUUGGUAGCAGUGGUUGUGGCUGGCGACGCCCACCUCCAGGGGCUUCCCCUUAUGGGGACCAGGAGCCCGGCCCUGGGGCCCAUCUGUGCUCGGCAUUCAUCCCCCCUCUCGCCACACUUCUGAGCUCAUAUCUGUCCCCACCCAGGCCUCACUCCAUCUUGCUGGCAGUACUUCCCUCAGCUGAAGCCCUGGCCUUCCCAGGCCCCCACCCCACCCAAGGAAAGCCUCCCCUUAGAGGCAGAGGCCCCGCGGCGCCCACAACCCUCCUCUUUGCAGCUCCAAGCCCUCCCCGAGCUCCGGCUCCAGCCCAGGUCCCCUCUAGCCAUUCAGUGGCGCUCACUUCUUGGACCUGCCCGGGAGGGGCUCACAGCCUACAGGGGAGACAGAGAACAGGUUCAAGUGCCAGGUCGUGGGGACACGGCCACUCAGGUGCCAUUAGGAAUGGCUCCUCAGAGUCAGAGCUGCCCAAGCAGGGUCCUACGGGGAGAGGGUUCUCCAGACGGUAGGGACCGGGCACGCACUCGGCAGAAGGGCCCCAGAGGAGAAGGGGAGGGCCGGGGCAGGAGGCCGCCCUGGGGGCAGGUGGAGGCAGGAGACCUUGGGCUCGGCUGGGCCAGAAGGCAGUCGUGGAGGCAGAGACAGGGAGAUGCAAAGGGAGGCCAGUGGGGCCAGUGAUGGGACCCUGACAACUGCGCUGAUCCAUCCAGGGCCAGAGAAUGCAGUUAGCAUGAGGGCUGGGCCUGGAGUGCGGGACGGGGCUGGGCCUGGCUAGGUUACCGCUGCCCAGCCUUGCCUUGGUGGAUUCAGCAGGUGGGUCAGUCGGGCUGGGCAGAGCUCAGCCCAGAGGUACCGGCCGUGUCCCAGUCUCCUGACCCUGGCUGCCAACACCCAGCCCUGCCAACUCCUCUUCCCAACCUUAGCCCCCAGCCCGCAUGUGCUUCCUCCCACCCGCUGCCCCCACCACUCCUCUUCCCUGCCAGUCCCCCAGCCAGGGGUCCCCGGGAGGCUGGGAGGGCUCACCUCAGCCCACUGACAAUUAAAAGGGGGCGCGUAGCAAACGUCCCUGAGGAGAAGAGGGUUGCCUGAGAUGGUUCUCACACCAGGACCCCUCGGUCCUGCCGGGAGCCCAGAGGGUGCUGGGCCGCAGGAGAGGGAGGGACAGUGGGGGCAGAGAGAGGACUUGGAAGGAUACUCCCCGCCCCCCCAUCCCGGGACAGAGGAGGAGCGGAGGGGGAGGGUGUCCCUGUCUCUGGAGCCUCGUCCAGGCCUCCUUCUAGGCCUCUGUCUCCGAGUCCCCAGGCAGAGGCCCCAGGGGCACCUCUGACCCAGGGCACAGCAGAGUGGCUCCUGAGCAUGUGGCCAAGAGGUCUCCUCACAUCUCUGGCUGCCGAACCCCAUGUGGAGCCACCCGCUCCGGCUGCCCCUCCAGGACCAAGAGUGGAACCUGGGCUGACUGCCCUAGCAGGCCUGAGCGCAGCAGCUCACGUUGCAACCUCAUGAAUAACUCAGCACCUCCUGCUGCCUACAUCUGAGGAAGCCCUGUCCCCUGGACCCCCCACCCCACCCCAUUGCUUUAAACUUUAAUAGGCUGAGGCUGGGUGGCUGUUGAGCAGGCUCCAGGGAGCUGGGGCAGGAUGUCCUGGGCAGGGGAGCUCGGGCUGAGCUCUCCCGAGACGAGGCUGGCAGGGGAGGACCCCAUGGGGUAGGCCCAGCUCUCCAGAACACUGGCAGCCAGGGCAAGCGUGGCAGGAGUCUCAAGAGUGGUGUCCAGCUUCGGGGGCCUUUGGGAGAGGAAGAGUAAGCUGGGGUGACCUGGCAGAGAUCCUAGGUCAAGGUGGGGCCAGGGGCCCCUGAGACAGCUGUGGGGUAGGGUUACAGAUGCAUCCAAGACUAACCGGCCCAGGAUCUUACUGUCCAGAAACUCCCUCCAUGAAGGCGGAGCUCCAGCAAGAAGACCAACAGGACCGAGACCUCCCAGGCUUUUCUGGGGACGGGCUCCGCUGGCUGGAGGCAGAGCCCCGGGGAGGCCUGCAUGGACAUCCCCAUCAGCAGCAGAGACUUCCACUGCCUGCAGCUGGCCUGCGUGGCCCUCGGCCUGGUGGCCGGCAGCAUCAUCAUCGGUGUCUCCGUGUCCAAAGCUGCGGCUGCCCUGGGCGGUAUCUUUAUUGGCGCCGCUGGUCUGGGGCUCCUCAUCUUGGCCUACCCCUUCCUGAGGGCUCGGUUCAACCUGGACCACAUCCUGCCUGCAAUAGGGAACCUGAGAAUCCACCCCCAGCCAGGACCCGACCAGCGGGAGGGAAGAUCCAGCGCCAACGGCAAUAGAGAAGGAGCCCGCAGCAACCUGUCUACCGUGAGCAGAACCUUGGAGAAGCUGAAGCCAGGGGGCAGGGGGGCUGGGGAGGGCUGAGGCAGGAGCUGAGGGGCGGCCCCCUGCUCUGCCCUCUCACCUGCCACCCCAACCUCAGAGCCCUCCCGGGUCCAGACCAGAGCUGAACCAGGCCCAGGCCCUGGGGAUGCCGGACCUGCGCUCACCAAGGCCGCUGGAAAUGGAGUCCACGUGGCUGGGCGGCGCCUGACGCACGGUGGCUCUGGUUUCAAGCUCUUGACCUGGAUUGUCUCUCUGGACUGCAGCUCAGCUUCCUUCCCUUUUUGAUCUGCUGACAGGAUUCUCUGGAAUUUGGGGCCCAAUGAUACCCUAGUCCCUCGCUCCAGCCUCACCAGGGAAGCGAACCACGGGCUGCCGAGAACCACACCUGGGGUCUGAACCCCCUCAGCCCCACAGCCUGGCUUGGGCUUCAAGUGCUCGCCGGCUGGAUAGAGGGGCUGGACCAGGCUCUUCUGAACAUCAAAAGCUCUGGGCAAGUCCUCAGGGAUGGCCUAAGCAGCAGGGAAGCAGACAGGGACAUAGCCUAGAAAAACAAGGUCACUGCCUCGACAGGAGCACAGGUGAGGCAACUCCCUGACCAGAGCGGGACCGCCCUCCUUGAAGAAAAUCAAUUUCACCAAUGCUGGUAGGGCGGGGAGACCUUGGCUCCUCCAGCCCGAGGGAAGUCAGCGUCGUCCACCUUGCGUUUCUUCCCCUCCUGCUCCCUGCCCCUUCUUCCCCUCAACAUCAUCGGCAUCAUCAGCAAUAACUCUGGGAGUUCCCGUCGUGGCGCAGCAGAAACGAAUCUGACU